AUGUACUCUGUGCUGGACUUUAGAACGGGCAGGCAGACGGGUGUGGAGACAGGUGAGGUGAGCCAGUGGCAUUACAGGAAGAGAGAUCUCCGACGACAGACAUGGUAUGAAAAACCACUUCAUUGUUUGGGGUUUUCGGUUUAAUAAUUUCUGUACAUGUUUAAGCCAACUCAUGGUGUAUUUUUUGUGUUUUCUGUUUAAUAAUUUCCAUUUAAUAAUUUGUGUUUAAGCCAAUUCAUGGUGUAUUGUGUUUUUCUCAGGCUAAAUUCCUGUCAGGAACUCAGAUCAACGGUAAGGUGUGCUAUGUUGUUUGCUAGCUUUUCUUUUGGUGUGUGAGAGGUCACUUGAGACAUAAAUAAUGUCAGUCUUUUUCAAUAAAUUGAUAUUGAACAGUAGAGUAAAAUAUUGUGACUAACUUUGAGAGCAAUGUCUUUUAAAAAGGGAUUUUAGAAAAGAAGAAUCCCAUUUGAGGGUAAAAGUAUGAUUUAUUUCUUCCUCUACACUUGUCGAAGUGAGACAAGAACAUUUAACUGCCUCCUUGGAGUGAGACAAGAACGUUUAACUGCCUCCUCAGAGUGAGACAAUAACGUUUUAAUUGCCUCCUUGGAGUGAGGAGAAUGCAUUGAUGCAUUUUGACAUUGUAAUAUGCACUGUUUUUAGAAUAUAUUAUCCUGAUUAUUAAUUUUUUCUCCACAGUCAUAGUUUCUUUUUUACCCAGAACCUCAGUGCAUUAUUUGCAUGUUUUUCUCCCUGUAGAGUUCAAGGAAUGUUUCUCCUUGUAUGACAAGAAGCGCAAGGGGAAGAUUGAAGCCAAGGACCUGAUCACAGUUAUGCGCUGUCUGGGGACGAGUCCCACCUUCGGUGAGAUCGACAGACACCUGCAGGUCCACAAGAUAGGUAUGCCAUCAAGGUCCCCUCACUUACCCUGGGGGCAUUUCAAUAGUCUAGUGGCUUACCCUGGGGGCAUCUCAAUAGUCUAGAGUGACUUACCGUGGGGGCAUCUCAGUAGUCUAGAGUGACUUACCCUGGGGGCAUCUCAGUAGUCUAGAGUGACGUACCCUGGGGGCAUCUCAGUAGUCUAGAGUGACUUACCCUGGGGGCAUCUCAAUAGUCUAGAGUGACUUACCCUGGGGGCAUCUCAAUAGUCUAGAGUGACUUACCCUGGGGGCAUCUCAGUAGUCUAGAGUGACUUACCCUGGGGGCAUCUCAAUAGUCUAGAGUGACUUACCCUGGGGGCAUCUCAAUAGUCUAGAGUGACUUACCCUGGGGGCAUCUCAGUAGUCUAGAGUGACUUACCCUGGGGGCAUAUCAAUAGUCUAGAGUGACUUACCCUGGGGGCAUCUCAGUAGUCUAGAGUGACUUACCCUGGGGGCAUCUCAGUAGUCUAGAGUGACUUACCCUGGGGGCAUCUCAGUAGUCUAGAGUGACUUACCCUGGGGGCAUCUCAGUAGUCUAGAGUGACUUACCCUGGGGGCAUCUCAGUAGUCUAGAGUGACUUACCCUGGGGGCAUCUCAGUAGUCUAGAGUGACUUACCCUGGGGGCAUCUCAGUAGUCUAGAGUGACUUACCCUGGGGGCAUCUCAGUAGUCUAGAGUGACUUACCCUGGGGGCAUCUCAGUAGUCUAGAGUGACUUACCCUGGGGGCAUCUCAGUAGUCUAGAGUGACUUACCCUGGGGGCAUCUCAGUAGUCUAGAGUGACUUACCCUGGGGGCAUCUCAGUAGUCUAGAAUGACUUACCCUGGGGGCAUCUCAGUAGUCUAGAGUGACUUACCCUGGGGGCAUAUCAAUAGUCUAGAGUGACUUACCCUGGGGGCAUCUCAGUAGUCUAGAGUGACUUACCCUGGGGGCAUCUCAGUAGUCUAGAGUGACGUACCCUGGGGGCAUCUCAGUAGUCUAGAAUGACUUACCCUUGGGGCAUCUCAGUAGUCUACAGCAGGGCUCUCCAACCCUGUUCCUGGAGAGCUACCGUCCUGUAGGUUUUCGCUCCAAACCUAAUCUAGCGCACCUGAUUCGAAUAAUUAGCUAGUUAAUAAGCUGAAUGAGGUUAGUUACAACUGGGGUUGGAGUGAACCUACAAGAGGGUAGCUCUCCAGGAACAGGGUAGGGAGAGCCAUGGUCUAGCGUGACUUACCCUGGGGGCAUCUCAGUAGUCUAUAGCAGGGGUAUUCAACUCUCACCCUACGAGGUCUGGAGCCUGCUGCUUUUCUGUUCUACCUGAUCAUGAAUUGCACCCACCUGGUGUUCCAGGUCUAAAUCACUCCCUGAUUAGAGGGGAAAGAUGAAACAACCCAGUGGAACUGGAACUGGUUGAGUUUGAGGGGUCUAGAGUGACGUCCUCUCUUCAUCUGCGUUACCAUGACAUCUUUUCCCCCCAAUUUUAUUUUUUUAAAGGUCAGUGCAGAUGAAGGGAACAAGCAGGGAAGUGGAAGCCAUUAGAAUAUUGAAGUGGCUCUAGACACCUGGUGAUCUAGCUGAACUGUUUAGGAAUGGUAGUGAGAUUUUGGCUGUAAAUGAUUUAACAGGCAGGCAAGCUGCUACUUGGGGAGGUGGGUGGAGGGAGAAAAUGUCACCUUGUUGUCACAUUGAGUGUAACCUACACAUUAGCUGAAAUCUGUCCAGGCUUGUUCCAAUUCCAUUUAUUACAUUAAAACAUAUAUUUAUCUUCUCUCAGCUCUUCAUAAUUGCUGCACUGAACUUUUUAACCUGGGGGAAGUACUGAGAAAUAUUCAAACCAAUUAACUGAUUUGGUAAUGUGAAAAUGGCUUUGGUUAAAACACGUUUGACUCAACAGAAUUUUUUUCCAUCAAUCCCCAAUUUCCUGAGAACAACAUAGAACUGAAUGUCUUUCUGAGAGUCAAAAAGUGUGUCUGCUCUGUUACUCUGAACUUUAUGCCCAUUUGCAGUUCAUUCUUUUACACAUUUACACAGGCAGCUCAAUUCUGAUAUUUUUUUCGCCUCAUUGAUUUUUUUUGACCAAUCAGAUCAGCUCUGAAAAAGAUCUGAUGUGAAAAGAUCUGAUGUGAUUGGUCAAAAGACCAAUUCAUGGAAAAAAUAUCAGAAUUGGGCUGCCUGUGUAAACGCAGCCACAUUGACACAAUCCACUGCCCUAACUAAUGAUUUGAUUGAAGAAGUAAGUAAUAAUCAACAAUGCUCAGUAGAGUUGUAUGAAAAUACACCACAACUCGGCCAUGUAGCAGAUAACCAGUCACUUUAACAGCAGCAUUUAGGCCUACUUUGGAUCAAUGGUGCCCUUUGCAGGUGAUUAGUUCUAUGGAUCUCCUUCCUUCUCCAGAUAAGAAGGGCGAGCUGGACUUCUCCACCUUCCUGACCAUGAUGCACCGGCAGAUCCAGCAGGAGGACCCCAAGGCGGAGAUCCUGGAGGCCAUGAGGAUGACGGACAAGCAGAACAAGGGCUACAUCCUGGCUUCUGAGCUCCGGACCAAGCUCACCAAGCUAGGAGAGAAGCUAACUGAUAAAGAAGGUAGCCUACAAUGUGUUUCUAUCACUAUGGGUUUUAGCUGACAUGGAUUAAGACCGGACUAGAUAUAAUGCUUAAUGGAGUCUCUAUUUAAAAUGCUGUUUAAUGCAGGAGUAGUAGAUAGGCUUAAUCUGGGUCGGGGAAACUGGCCCUGAAAGUGCAGCUUGACAGUCUGAAUUGGCUCCUUCUUACAAUCUCUUAUACAUAAUAUGCACUGAGGUUAAAAAGAAAAGUAAAAUAUAACUGGUAUACCUUUUCCUGGUAUUUGUUAUCAUCAGUCCAGCUCUUUUAACCCUUUACACUCGUACCCGUAUACGGGUUGAAAAUGGCAGAUUUGGGCACUGAUAAACGCCUAAAUUGGAACGCAGUGUCUGUCUGGACAGUAACGUUCUAUACAUGACGUCAGAGCUCUGGCUCUGCGCUUCACAGCGCUGUAUCGGUUUUGACUGACAGCCAUUCUGAACUUGAGCACUGCUUGCGAAAAGAAGUUGCCCCAUCCCUCCCGGUAAUUGGGCAACUUUUUAAAAUGUUUCGUUGUGUGCGUGAGGGAAAUGUUGUAAAUUAAGAGGGCUCUAUGUAUUUGAAAGAUGAGACGUUGAGGAUUAUAAUAAAUACUGGUUUGAUGUCAUACAUGCAAGCCUAACACCAGUGAGUCUAAAUGGGCACUUCACAUUUCCAUGUCAUAAAUGUAAUUUCAUAUACAGUGUUUGUUUAUGAUCACUAUGUUUGAUGUAUAGUUACAAGAUGACAUGGCGUCAUAUCCUGGGUUAUUUUGAACAGAAUGAGCCUGUUUGUCUACAGUGAAUAACAUUUGCCUCGGCACACGCACUUGAAUGCACUCAUGACUCCUUUCUAUAGACGGGUUGGUUGUUUAGCAACAACAGCGCAACUAUGGGGCGAAACAGACGGGGUGCUCUUAGAUUGUUGAAACGUGUCAAAUAUAUUUGUAUUUAUUGAAAACACAAAUACAUUUGCACAAUGAGCACUUUUCUCUCAAAUACAUUGUUACAGUUGUUGGUUAGCUAGCUAGCGAAUUUUUUGCCAUAUUAGUAGAGACAUGACAUCAGUCCAAACACCUCAAAACAAGACAUGGUAUCAAGAACAAGAUAAAACUAGCUGAAACGAGCCACCUACGAUUCCGCUCAUGGCAGCAGCUUUUCAUUGUUGCUAGAUAUCUGACCAUCCAGAAUCACAACAACACACAGACUUCUGCCCCAUUGAAUCACGUGCAUCAUUUUCGUGGCGUUGUCAGCUAACCCGUCUAUGCGCACCGAAAUUACGAUAUGUUUCCCUAAAUUGCAUUGUGAAAGCCUAACACUUUAAUAUUGUAUUUCAUAACGUAGAUAGUCAUGUUGGCAAUAGAACAUGCUUUCAAAUGAUUCACACCUGACCCAGAUUGCGAUUUUAUAAUGGACUGUUUUUGGAUUGCGUGAACAACAACAAUAACUGUGAUUGCGGGGAUGCUGGGCUGUGUUCCAAACAAAAUACCUACAAGUGUGCUUGCUCUAAUUCUUCAACGGCACAGCUAGGAGAGCUCAAAAAAGCACCUUACAGUUGAAGCCUUUUCUAUGAGUCAUAAAAGUGCAUAGACAUUUCUUAGGAAAUGUGCACACUUUGGAGAGAUGUGUGGCCACUCAGACACCAGUUAGACCUCUCACUCAAACCUCUUAUUGUUCUGUCUUGUGUUGCACCUACAACACAUUUCCCAGGAAUAUUAUUAUCAUGUUACUGAAUGUAUCCAGAGUAUUUUCAGAUUUCGUUAACAACAAAUGUGGCAAAAAGUACAGAAAAUGUUAAAUGCACAUAAAAUCAACAGUGUAAGGUUUGGAUUCAGUCUUGUCAGGUGAACUGCUGUGUCCUCACCUUUUUAGUCUAACUAUUUCCCCAUAAUCUCUAAACUGUUCCCUUUUCAUUGCUACCAUGUUUAUGCAUAUGAUUUUCAUAUUUCUUCUGUAAGAAACAUUUCAAUGUAGCCCUAUCCAUAUAGGCCAAUUCCCAGCAGUGUAAAGGGUUAAAUUAGUGCAGAUGGGGGAAAUAGAGAAACAAGGCCACUUUAGACUAUUGAGAGACACCCAGUGCCUUCAAGAGACCCUAUGGAAAUACACAUUGAGAUGGCAGCUUUCCCACUGGACACACUGGUUGAAUUAACGUUGUGUCCACAUCAUUUUAAUUCAAUUUAAUUGACAUCUGUGCCCAGUGGGUCAAGUCAUUCUCAUGUGUCAACACAUACAUUAACUGAAUCUUGUGUCAAUUUGCAAAUUAUAAAACACUUAAAUGUUUUUUAACGAUUCUACCUGGUAACAUACUUGUGGUUGGUCCCAAAUCAGCGAAUUAACAUGAAGUUAUUUCCCCUCUAAAAUUUGCAGUGGACGAGCUGUUCAGAGAAGCCAACGUGAAGUCUAAUGGCAAGGUGCACUACGAGGAGUUCACCAGGAUGGUGACACUACCGUCAGUGGAUUACUGAGGGACAGGAGGAGGUGACGUCCUUUAUGAUAGGGAAGCAUGGUCAUGGAAGGGACCUGGUUAUGCAUGCACUGAGCAUUACCCAACCACCUCCAUGCACAUAAUUUAUUGAUCAUCUAGGUUUGUAUCUAUUGUAGGCUACGUUCUAUCAUUUAUACAAGUGCAUUUGAUUAAUUAAAUGGAUGAAUCUUUUUUAUUUUUUAUUGAGGGUUUGUAUUUUACUUGCUGCAGGAAGAGUAGCUGCUGCAUGUGCAAUAGGUAAUGGAGAUUCAAAUAAACAAAAUAAACACAACUAUCCCUUUUCGAUGUUGAGUUUAAAACUGUUUGUUGAACUUGUGUUCUAGGUGUAGGAUUUUAUAAAUGUAGUUUACAUGGUGCAAUCACUCAAGCUCUUUCAGCCAUACCAUUGAACUAAAAAGUUGUGCAAGUUGUUUGUUCCUCCCACAAUAUUCUUUACAAUAACAAUUUAAGUCAAUAUUUACAUGUCAUAGUAACCAAAUUAUACACCGUCAUUAGUAGGAAUGUAUGUUUAAAAAAAAUACUAGUUAUGUAGGAAGGACCGAAUUCUUUGCACACACACUGCAUAUUGUGUCAAUAGUGUGCAGCUGUAGCCUGCAAUUGGAGGUGAAUUAUUUGCCCACACACCAUUCAUUUAUGGCAUAAAUUACACGUCAAAGGAAUUCUCUGCCUAAUAUAUUGUCAGUAAGCAUAUAUAUUUUUUACAAGAACGUAAUGGCAUUUAAUUUAGUCAUCCAAUAUAGCUAAGCCAUUAUUAAGGAGUGCAGGGGGGCAGGAGGAAUAUGUGGAGAAUAUACAGGUAACUGCCAAAAUAA